CUUGGCAGCUCGAGUGGCGGCUGGAUGGGGACCGCUCCCCCAGCUCUUGAUUGGGGCACCAGCGGGUGGAGCCACAUCCUUGCCCAGGGGGGCCUGCUUCUGAGUCACUUCGAGGGGCCAAAGAGGGGUACAGAUUAUCACUCUUUCACAGACAGAAUCUUUCCAUGGGAAGGAUGGCCCCCGUAGUUCUAGCAUUUCAAGAGCUUACAGUCUUCACAAGAGAGAAAACUUCCUGAUCUCAGCAUCCAGACCUGGCCCCUUCUCCAAGAAUCUUACUGGCCCUGUUUGCCUCAUUUGUCCAUCCUUCACCUGCUGUGUCCAGAGACGGAUUACUGUGAUUGGUCAGCCUGGAGCACAUGUGUCUUCCUUGACGGACCCAUCGGAAUCACAUGCUAUGGGGGAGAGACGUCUUCCAAAAGGAAGGAGGAUGGAGUUGACCAAAAAAUAGGGUGCCUUUGGAUCAUUCUUCAUUCAUUCUCAAAGCUUCUUUUGAGUCUGUGGCAGUCUCAUCCUCCCAGGAAUGAUCCUACAGCUCCAGUGCCACGCAAGGACACAGGAAACUGAGUCUCUCUUCAGCCCUAUCAGCUUACACGUCUGCGCAAGGACCAUGGGUGCGUCGCUGGGCAGCGGCGCGCGGGUGGCUCUCCUGCCCCGCCAGGCCUGCGGCGCCGUCCGGCGCUGGGCACCCCCCGCGCCCGCCCGAGGCUGCCACUCCAAGACGGGCCUGCCGCGUCCUGUGCCCCUGAAGAAGCGCGGAUACGAUGUCACCAGGAAUCCGCAUCUCAACAAGGGUAUGGCCUUCACACUUGAAGAAAGGCUGCAGCUUGGAAUCCAUGGCCUAAUCCCCCCCUGCUUCUUGAGCCAGGACGUCCAGCUCCUCCGGAUCAUGAGAUACUACGAGCGGCAGCAGAGUGACCUGGACAAGUACAUCAUUCUGAUGACCCUCCAAGACCGGAACGAGAAGCUCUUCUACCGAGUGCUGACGUCCGACGUGGAGAAAUUCAUGCCCAUCGUGUACACGCCCACCGUGGGACUGGCCUGUCAGCACUACGGCCUGACCUUCCGCAGGCCCCGUGGGCUCUUUAUCACCAUUCAUGACAAGGGCCAUCUUCCAACAAUGCUGAACUCUUGGCCAGAAGAUGAUAUUAAGGCUGUGGUGGUGACCGAUGGGGAGCGCAUCCUGGGCCUGGGAGACCUGGGCUGCUACGGCAUGGGCAUCCCCGUGGGCAAGCUGGCCCUGUACACGGCGUGUGGAGGCGUCAACCCUCGGCAGUGCCUCCCUGUCCUGCUGGACGUCGGCACCAACAACGAGGAGCUGCUCCGAGACCCUCUGUACAUCGGCCUGAAGCACCGGCGCGUGCGCGGCCAAGAUUACGACGACCUUCUGGACGAGUUCAUGCAGGCUGUGACGGACAAGUUUGGAAUAAAUUGCCUCAUUCAGUUUGAAGACUUUGCCAACGCCAAUGCCUUCCGCCUUCUCAACAAAUACCGCAACAAGUACUGCAUGUUCAACGAUGACAUCCAAGGCACAGCCUCCGUCGCUGUGGCAGGGAUCCUGGCUGCUCUGCGAAUCACCAAGAACAAGCUCUCCAACCACGUGUUUGUUUUCCAAGGUGCCGGUGAGGCAGCCAUGGGCAUCGCCCACCUCCUUGUCAUGGCCCUAGAGAAAGAAGGUGUACCCAAGGCAGAGGCCACAAGGAAGAUCUGGAUGGUGGACUCCAGAGGGCUCAUUGUCAAGGGGAGGAGCCACCUGAACCAUGAGAAGGAGAUGUUUGCCCAGGACCAUCCUGAAGUGAGCUCCCUCGAGGAGGUGGUGAGGCUGGUGAAGCCCACGCCAUCUGUAGGUGUUGCCGCCAUCGCAGGAGCCUUCACGGAGCAGAUUCUGAGGGACAUGGCCUCCUUCCACGAGCGCCCUAUCAUCUUUGCCCUGAGCAACCCCACCAGCAAGGCCGAGUGCACGGCUGAGAAGUGCUACCGGGUCACCGAGGGCCGAGGGAUCUUUGCCAGUGGAAGUCCUUUUAAAAGCGUGACCCUGGAAGAUGGCAGGACCUUCAUUCCUGGGCAGGGCAACAACGCCUACGUGUUCCCCGGAGUGGCUCUGGGCGUCAUCGCUGGUGGGAUCCGGCACAUCCCAGACGAGAUCUUCCUCCUGACAGCAGAGCAAAUUGCCCAAGAGGUCUCGGAGCAGCAUCUGUCACAGGGGAGACUGUACCCACCGCUCAGCACCAUCCGAGACGUGUCUCUGAGAAUCGCCAUCAAAGUCCUCGACUACGCGUACAAACACAACCUGGCCUCCUACUACCCAGAGCCCAAGGACAAGGAGGCUUUUGUAAGAUCCCUGGUCUAUACUCCAGACUAUGACUCCUUUACGCUGGACAGCUACACUUGGCCCAAGGAAGCCAUGAAUGUUCAGAAUGUCUGAUGCAAUUGCAGAGGUUCAUGGGGGGCUGGAUGAAGCCCAAAGUAACACUGGAACUAUAAAUGGGAUCCAAACUGGCCAUCCUUGUCAUUGUGUUUUUCCUUUGAACUUUCUGGUAUGAAGGGAGAUGCCUAGGCAUACAGUGGAUGACGGCCUGUCCCUGAAGGCCUUGAAUUCCUUCCCAGGGAUUUCUUCAUCUGUUUAUUACCAACUAGACCUGUGGGACAUCUAGAAUCCUGCCUAGAGCUCUGCCUUCACAGAGUCCAGGGUCUAGAAGAGGAGAUGAGAUAUGGACACAGUUCACUUUGCCACAGGGCAGAAAGUGGUAAGUCUGUGAAAGAACCGCAGAUAAAGGUCACGAGUGCUCAGAGAAGGGAGAGGAUACUUCCUAUGAAGUAUAUCAUAUGACAUAAGAGAGGGCUCCGGGGUGGCGGGCAGGGCAGUGUUUGUACUGAGUCCCAAGAGUGAAGGAUGGGUAGGGUUAAUGGUAAAAGAGGAAUGUAGGGCAGCCACUGGCCAGAAAGCUUGGCCCACCCAUCAGGGAGCUCAGUCCCUGUUAGAGGAAGACAGUUCCUGCAAGACUCAGACGGGCAUGAGGGCUGAGUGGCUGGAGGCGGCUCACUAGUCAAAAAUGGUCACUGUCCUGUGGGUUGCUAAGUACUAGGCAUUCCUUUUUGGUUAUUAUGAAAAGGAAAACUAGGACUUUCCACUGUGGCUAAGUGGGCUACAAAUCCAACUAGCAUUCGUGAGGAGGAGAUUUCAAUCCCUGGCUCCACUUGGGGGGUUAAGGAUCCUGCGUUGCUGUGGCUGUGGCAUAGGGGGGCAUCUAUAGCUCUAAUUCCAUCCCUAGCCUGGGAUACUUCCACAUGCCAUAGGUGCGGCCCUAAAAAGAAAAAAAGAAAAAAGGAAAACCAGAGAAAUGUUGGUGGGGAGGCUCAGCAAACCAAGGAGUAGGAAGGAAGAGAGGCCUUGAAGGGAAGAGCACCCUGGAGAAUUCUAGGAAAGACGUGAUUUCAUUUCCUGGCUUCGGAACACUCUCUUCCACGCUUCACUCUCUGAACUAAUUCAGCAAACUGGAGCAGUCUUCUUACAGAAUGGCAUCAGUCUGUCCUGAGUGAUUCUUAGGCCAAGUUCAGUCAUAGCUUCACCUCUCUCAUGUCCGGCAGAGCCCCCACACCAUGGGGUGGGGUGGGGGAGACGAGCCUGCGACUCCCACGAUCAAGAUCGCUAAAUCGCUCACAUCUAUCAGGAUGGCAGCAGCCGACCUCUCCUCUCACCCUGUAACACAGCAAACAAUGGUCCAUGGUGGACCACUGCCCACCCCUGCUACUCCUCAGCCUCCGGAUCCCACCGCCCACAAUAAAUGGGUCCUCUAUGGCCACCUCUCAGUGACAGGCCGGGUGGACUGCUGGGCUCCUAGAAGAGAGUUAGCAGAGACAUCAGUCACCUCUCACCCGGGUCUUGUUCUUCCAACAUCUGCUUCCUUAGUGCUGGUGCUCAGCCAAGAAAGAACAUCCUGAGAAAACAUCCCUCUUCUAUAUCUGUGGACUCAUAGCUAAUGGAACAUCUUCAGAAGAGGGUUUGAUGAGUGAAGCAGGAAUCUGAGCACCAGGGAGCCGUUUCCAUUACCUUUUCUACAUUUUGUCCCACAACUUCCUCGGCACCCCAACUCUGUUAUAGGAAAAAAAAAAAAAAAAAAAAGGCGGAGAAAUCCA